UUGAUGUCGUACCGGCUAUAUGUUAUAUAUAUAAUAAUGCAGAAUGCAGACUGCAGUAGCACAACAACGCGAUUCGCGGAUCACCCUCUCGUCACCCACUUGUCUCGUAUUGUUUGUUUACUUGUUAGCCUUAGAACAUAGCAAAAUUUUGAGUGUUUCGCAGUGAAUUUUCUUUAGUUGUUUUAUUUAUUUAAUUUACAUUUGUAUUAAUCAUUCAUUGCAUUUCGGUAAAAAACUCAAGUUAGCACUUGAAAAUGCUUGCGUGUAAAUAUUGAGAUUUCGGCUUGUGCUUGAGGCCUUCAAACCCAUUGAACUACUAUAAUAUAUGAAUACAUUAUUAAAGAUUUUCGAAUAUUAUACUCGGAUUUUAUUAAAAACGACAUUUUUUAUUGAAAAUGGUAACAUUCAAUCGUGGAGAAAGUUGAAACGCCCGAGCUUUUCUAUUAUUAUUUUUAGGUUACUCGGUAGUGACACCGAACGCAACAAAAGCGCAUCUAUAACAAUCAUAUUCUAUGUGUCAAAUAAGAGCAUGUGAAUACAUUUCAUUUUUUGCCGAAGAUUUAUUUGUUAAAUAAAAUUUAUUGUAAAUCGUUUGACUGAUGUUCUUAUAAUUGUAUAACAUAAAAAUUAAUCUUUUGGAUUCCUUAAAAACGUUUACAUGUAAUAUAAUACACUAUGUCUGCAUUUUCUGGUACAAAUAUUCCAAAAGCAGAAAAAUAUGAACAAGUCACUCUCUAUGCAAACAAUUCAGAUAACAAUGAUACAGUUGGUUUACAACAAUUUUUCUUCAAAGGAGAUUUUCCAUUUCCACAAAUAGAAAAUGCAGUUGACACUACUGCCAAAAGAAGAAUAAAAAAUUUUUCCCUCCAAGAAAAAGUGCAGGUAUUGAAUGAUGUUAAAGCUGGUCGACCAAAAGCAGAGGUACGUAAAGAACAUGGUAUUGGUGAAAGUACACUUAGGCGAUGGGUUCAUGAUGAACAAAAAAUUCGAGAUGCAUUACAUGAAGAAACUGCUAGUCGCAAAAAACUACGAGUGGAUGAUAAUCCUUACGUUGGAGAAGCUUUAAUUGCCUGGUAUAGCCAUUGCAAGCAAGAAGACAUGCAGAUUUCAGGACUUAUGAUAAGAGAAAAAGCUUUGGAACUAAAUAAACUUCUUGGAGGCAAAGACAAUUUUACAGCAAGUAAUGAUUGGUUUACGCAUUGGAAAAAAAAAUAUAGUUUACCCGAUAUACUUUUUGAAGAACAUAAAUCUCCAGAAGAUAGUGCUCUUAAUCAACUUACUAUGACUCUUUCUAAUACUGUGGAAGAACAAUCUCUAUUACGCUGUCAAAUAUUUAAAUGUGAUAAGACUAUUUUAAAUUACAAAUCACUGCCAAAUCGUAGAUUUGUUGGAGAUCGUAUUACCAUAAUGACUUGUUGCAAUUCUGAUGGAAGUCUGAAAUUACCACUUGUGAUUCUUGGAAAAUCUGUAAAAUCAACAACCUUGAUUAAUCUUCAACAAUGUUUACCUAUUUUUUAUUCACAUCAGACAAGCUUAUGGAUAGAUAGCGAUGUUUUGAAUGAAUGGUUUGAUGUUGAAUUUACUCCUAGAGUAACAGAAUUUUUGAAAUCCAAAAAUUUACCAUUAAAAGCAAUACUUAUUGCUGAAAAUGUACCAGCUGAUGCUUUUCAAAAUAGACCAACUAGUGAGCUGCAAAUACAUUUAAUACUUCACAAUCUCAGUUCAGUUAUUGGACCAAUGGAUAAUGAAACUUUACAGUGUGUAAAAUACAACUAUGAACACAAGUUCUUAAAAUCUAUCAUUAGUGCUCAAGAUGAUGGAUUAAGCUUGAGUGAACACUUGCAAAAAAUUAAUUUAAGACAAUUUAUUUACUGGGUUAGUAAUGCCUGGGAUGAGGUAAAGCCACAGACAAUAGUAAAAUGUUGGCAAAAGUUAUUGACUGAUAGAGAAGAAAAUAAUAAAAAUCAAACAGAAGAACAAGAAGUAAGUCAUGUAGUAAUUUUUGAAUGUUUAAGAAGAAUAAAUGAAUUAAAAAAUGUUAGCGGAGAAGACACUGCCAAAUGGAUUUCAGACAAUCCUGAAACUUCUAGAAUCUCCUAUGAAAACAAUAUAAUUGAAAUUGUUGUUAAAGAAAGCAAUGAAGACUUAGUAGAUGAUGCAGAAAAUAUGUGUGAAGAGAAUAAAAUUCUAACUGCCAGAGAAGCAAUCAAUGGACUUAAUGAUGCAAUUCGAUUCUUCGAACAACAUGGGUGCACUAGCAUUCAAGAGAUGUUGACUCUUGUCAAACUAAAAGAAAAAGCAUUGACACUUAAAAUUGAUGAAUCCAUAAAGUAAAGUUCUAAACUAGUUCAGUCAUAUUCUGUUUUUUUUUCUAUAAAAGACUAAGUAAUAUUAUUUUAUAAUUUCAU